AUGGCUGUCGAGACGGCUGCCGAGCCAACGUCUAUCGAGGAUGUCUCGAUGGACGAUGCUCGCGCGCCGGAUGCACCCGCGGAGCAGUCUGCUGACACUUCCAUGGACCGCCCCCGCAGAGCAUCUACGGACGCACAGCCAAUCCAGAAGAUGAGCUCCGACUCUGUAGAGGAAGUCUCUGCGGAGUUGCAACCCACGGAGGAAGAGGACUGGGAAGAGCCAGCAUGCCUCAAGCUACGGAAGGGGAGAGUGCCGACGCCGAUGCGCCCGCAGCGGAGUCCACAGUCCACCUGCGGAGCCCGAGAGUCAAACACAAGAACCGCGCAGCUCGAAGCUAUGGUCGAGAGCCUUGUACCGAGCGAUGAACCAAUGCAGGUCGAUCAAUCUAUGGCUGUAGAGGAUCAACCCUCCGAAGUUCCCGCGCCAGUAGAAGAAGAGAAAGCAGAGGACGACGAACCCGAUGAACCUGUGCGAAUCAUCAUCAUCGAGACGCUGGACACGCCUGCACUUCGGCGGGAGAAGAACUUGCAAAAACGACUGGAGAAGGAGCGCAAGAGAGCAGAAGCUGCUGCUGCUGCUGAGGCGGAAAGGGCUGCACAGGCAAGGGCUACAUCAGCGGUGGCGGGGCCCUCGCACCAUGUCGACGAAGAUUCCAAGUCGGAUAUGUCGGAUCUCAGCGACCUCACUGAUGCGGAGGGCGCUGGUGCGGGUGAAGUCGAAGAGAAAGAACCGGGAGUUGUCGUGCUUACCGAAGGAGAAUCCUUGGAAGGGGGGACACUGGUAUGGGCGAAAGCAAAAACCUUCCCAUGGUGGCCAGCCGUCGUUUUCGAGUCUGACGAUCCUGCUAUACCAAAACGUAUCAAGGGGUUGUGGAGCGGGAAGCAAGCGGCUGAUGGGCCGCUUCACAUUGUGCAGUUUUUCGACCGCCACAAUUCAUGGCAGUGCCUCCAGCUAGACAAAUUGAGAUUGCUAGGCGAAAACCAAGAAUUGGACCAAGAUAUGCUCGCCACCGUCUCAAAAAUGCAGAAAUGGAAGACUCCCAAGCUUCUGCAGCAGUGUCGUGAGGCGUUCAGACGUGCUAUGGCGGAGAGAGAAACUGACAAGGAAGGAACUCCACAAGCAGAAACGCCGGCCGCAGGGUCUGGCAUGGAUGUGGACCUUUAA